AAAGCUUCCGUUUCUCUCUCUUCUUUUCUCAACAGUCUCUCUCUAAGCCAAAGAAAAAAAGUCCCCCUUUCUCUCUCUCUCUCUCGCAGGAAACGUCGCUUAGGGUUUCUGAAAAAAUCGCAGUUAAAUUCUACUCAUCUCCCGAAGAAUCAAUCAUCGAAAGUUAUCUAAUCUUCUUACCAUCAAGCUUAUCAAUCUCCCGAUACGGUUUUCUUCGCUUGCCGCUUAAGAUCGAGCUCGAAUCUCGCAUCGCUUUUAAUCUCUGAGUCUCUGGUCGGAUUCUCUUCAGCUCAAGGUGUGUAGAGAGAGUAUCAUGGUGGAAGUUUAUCAUCACUAAGGCAUAUAAUUAAUCUCCUUCUAGCAAAAUCAAUGGGUUCUUCCAUUAAGAUCAACUCGAUAUCAAUAGAUCUCGCAGGCGCUGCCAAUGAGAUUGAUAUGGUAAAAUGUGAUCAUUUCUCCAUACGUGGAUACGUAGCUGGAACGCGUGAGAGAGACCAUACAAAAUGUUGGCCGUUUCCGGAGGAGAGUGUUAGUUAUCCCCUUCCUUCUUUAUCUGUUCCAAAGUUUAGAUGGUGGCGUUGUAUGAGCUGCAUCAGAGAUAUCAAUGCUGAUGAGACAAAAGAUUUAGGACUGCAUGCAAACUCAACAAGUAUAAGGGGGGAAAAGCUAGAUGGAACCUCUUUGAUUACCCCUAGUCAAAGCAAAGUGAACUCACUAGUUGUCACUGAUAAGGAGAAAGAAAAGGAAAAUGAUAUUGCAGGUAAUGCUGUUGUGGAGAAUGAGGAUGUAAACUGUGAAAGAUCUCAGAAGGAUGAUCAGACAGUUGCAGUUACUACUACGUUAGUCAAGAAAGUUCAUCCUCCAGCUAAGGAUGCUUCUACCGUUAGGAGCAAGAUCAGAAAGCUGGCGAGUGGACAACAAGUAGGCAACAAGAGAUCUAAAGUGAGCAAAUCAUCAACAGAUACAAGCAGCUGGAAAGAGAAGCAAAACGUGACAACGUUUGCAUCAUCAGAUAUAGCUGGUGUGGUUGAAGAUACGCCUCCCAAGGCAAUCAAGAACCAUAGAGACAGAAGCUUCGACAAUGUGUCAUCGGAGAGUAUAAAUCUUGGUUUCCAGCGUAGGAAAACUCGCAAGGUUCGUCUACUCAGCGAGCUUAUUGUUGAUCCAGAGACCAAAGGCAGUAGUAACAAUAUCACACAAGAAGAGUCUUCUUCGAAGUCUAGAGGUAGAAAAAGAAAGGUACCACCUGAAAACAACUACGCAAGCCGGAAACUAAGCACAGCAGGCGCAACUUCUGAUCAAAGUGAUAGUGAAUCAAGUGAUAGAGAUACUAUUAAGGGUAAGAAGAAGAACAGAAGGUUCCAGGUUGUUGACGAGUUUGUACCAUCGCUUCAUUCUCGAGAGGGAGGCCAUGAGAUUGAUGCAGGCCCUAGUAAGAGUGCUUUAUCCAAGGAAAAAGAUUCUGUUCCUCAGAGAACAGAGAAGAAGCUCAAGAAGAAGAGAAACAAGCCUGUAAUGGAUAGCGAGAAGAGUAGCCUGAUCAGUUAUAGUUCUGGCCCUUCAACUAGAGAUUUAUUUAAUGAAGAAAAGGAUGUUGGUACUUCACUUGAUGACCGUUUGGCUGCAGAAGGGUAUUUCAGAAAACAUAUCCCUCCUCAUCAGGUUAAUAAUGAUAGGGCUGUCACUUCUCUGCAUGUGCCAGAUAAUGCACAUGUGAGGCUAAGUGAUGAUGCAGAAGCAAACUGUCUUCAAGAGUUUGGCUCCUCUUCUAGACCAAACACAGGUGGAUGGUUGAGAACUGGAGGGGAUGCUGUUGACUUCAGCCUUAACAACAAUACAGAUAAAGGCUUUGUAGAUCUAUCUUCUGUGCUGCAAAAGGAUGCUUCUGGUGCAGACAGAAAGGGGAAGACAGUGAUGGUCCAAGAACAUCAAGGACCACUCCAAGAUAGAAAUGAGAAGACACCUGAAGAGCAAAACGAUGAUAUCACCUUGGAGAUAGCGGAGCUCAUGGCUAAAAACCAAUACGAGAGGUGUCUUCCAGACAAAGAAGAAGAAGACGUCAGCAACAAGCAGCCACCACAAGAAGAGACAGCACACAGAUCCAAGAACGCUCUCCUGAUUGAUCUUAAUGAAACCUACGAUAACGAGACAUCAUUGGAGGAUAACAACAACAACAACAACACAUCAUCAAGACCGCAGCAGAAACCUCUUGACUUCUUCCCAUUAAGACAGCCUUAUGUGCCUUCUUCUCCGUUUGGGAUCUUUCCUCCUCCCACUCAAGAAAACCUAUCUAACUCCAUCCGGUUUUCUUCUGGUCAUCAAAACAACUGCCAGUGGCUUGAGAAUGUGCCAACUAUGGCUAACCAGCACCCAUCUCCGUCCACGUAUAGAGUGUUACGUGGGUGUAACACAUGCUACCAGAGUGCUCCACAUCAGUACAGAGAAGCAGCUUCCUCUCAUCAAAUUUGGCCACCUUCCAUGGUGAGACCACAGUGUCAUCAUCAUACACCAGUUUCUUUCAACAUGGAUCAGUCAACAAGGCUUGGUAUGCUUUCAUCACAAGCACCACCAAGAAAUGAAAACACAUGGAACCUCAACUUUGUUGCCCCCAACGGAAAGCAAAAAUGUGAUGGUAAUAGAUCAAUGGACGCCUAUACUAACGAGAGCUCUAUCCCUGCGCUGAACCUUCUCAGCCUUAUGGAUCCUAGGUUGAGAUCAAACGCUCCAGCUGAGCACCAUGGGAGCACUCACUUUACUAGAAGACAUUUCCCACCGUCUAAGGAGCGUGUAGGGAUUGAAACAGGGGACUCUAGUAAGACAGCUUACCCAAGUAAACAGUCUCCUUUCAAUUUCUACAGCAACGGAUACGCACCAGAGGCUUCUCGUAAGAGUUUCCCUAUUGGUCCACCGCUUGGUACGUCUUCCUUGUCGUUUCAAAACGCACAAGCUCCAUGGAGUCAUCAUCAUCAUCAUCAAGAGAAGAUAAACAAGAGCAAAGAGGUGUUUCCUAGCAGCAAUGGCCAAGGGAGAUUCCAGCUUCUCAGGGGAUCUAACACCAUGAAGCUCCCUUUGAAAGAAAUGAGCCAAAAGAGGAAAGCAGAGGCCUCUGUGUUGCCUCCUAAUAACAGUUCAGGGUCCUUUGAGUGCAUCGUGAAUAGAAACCCUGCUGACUUCACCGUUCCUGAACCUGGCAAUGUUUACAUGUUAACGAGUGAAAAGCGAGUACGAUGAUCCACCUCUCGAGUAGCUGAAGAGCGAGUAGCUUGUCGGACUCGGAGACUGAUGUGAGGUGAAGCUCUGCGAGUGGUGGUGAUCGGAAGAGGAGGAGUAAUGGUGGAUGGAGUUUGAUCAAGGUGAUGAGGGAAACGCCAUUGAGUGAAGCUAGGUUGAUGAUGAGGAUGACGAGGAGGAGGUUGUCGUUUGCUUACGGCGAGGCUGCUGGUGAGGAGAGGUAGGACUGAGAACGGACUGUGUGCAGAGGCGGAAGAAGCCACAUGAGAAGAGAGGACGCGGUGGCGCGUGAGGUUUCGGUUUCUGGUUUGCUUUCAUGAUCGCUGGAUAGACUGGAGGGACUUGAGUGAAGUAAAGCGAAACGUCUCUUUUUAAAUAGUAAGAAAAUAAUUUGUUUCGCACCAAAUUUGUCAGGCACAUUAUUACUGGUAUAAAAGUCAUAUAACACUCUCUUAAAUUUUAAUAAUGUAUAGUAUAGUAUAUGGAA